AUGGCGAAGCUCAGCAAAUUGUCGGAAGAGAUGGUCGGUCAUUUCCUUUCGAGAUUGCCACCUAAAGCAUUGAUGCGCUUCAAAUGUAUUCAGAAGUCGUGGUGCAAACUGAUAACUUCUCCCAGCUUUAUAGCCAGCAACCUUUCUGUUUCCAGGAACAACAAGUUUGCUUCAACAACUAGCAUCCUUUUCAAGCGUACCGUCCUCAAGGAUAAGAAGGAUGAGAAUGAUAUAUUUAAUGUCCUUAGGGACAACAACAAUGAUAGGAGACACAUUUUUGUUUCUUUACUUGAUCUUUUUAUCGAUCAAGAUGGUGAUGACCAGAAUCAUCACUCUGUUGUCGACAACCUUAUUGUUCCACUUCCUUUAAGCAAUUGUCCCUUUAGUUUACAAGUUGCAGGGCACUGUGACGGGGUUAUUUGUCUUGUUAAUACUGUUCUUGAGGAUGUUGCAUUUUGCAAUCCAGCGAUCAAGGAACUCAAAUUUCUUCCUAGGUCCCCCCUUCUUCUUCCUCGCAGACAUCCAGAUGAUAUUCACGGCAUCGAAACGGAUGUAAAUGCAGUCGGAUUUGGCUAUGAUUCUAAAACUCAAGAGUACAAGAUUGUCAGAACUAUAAAUUUUAUUACAGGGAUUUGUUAUACACUAGAUCCUAAAGCAGAAGUGUUCACAUUGGGUUCUCAGUCUUGGAGAGAGAUCAAAAUUGAUAACGAUAUUCAUUGCUUUUGGACUCCUUCAUUUGAGUUACACUUCAAGGGGAUAUAUUACUGGAGUGCACUAAGUUAUCCAACUCCAGGAGAAGAUCAGGAAUCCAUCUUUACAUUCAAUAUGAGUGAAGAGACAUUUGAAGAGUUACCGGUUCCAGAUAAUACUCAUCCCAGAGACGGAGUUGUUAAGUACCUUGCUGUGUGGAAAGAGUCUGUUGUUCUUAUUUCUUGUCAAGGGGACGAUGAUCCUAAAUCCUUCGAUAUAUGGCAAAUGGAUGACUCUAAUGGUGUUAAAGGUUGGACUAAACAGUUGGCUAUUGGACCUGUAACAUGCGAGAUUCCCUUGGUAUUUUGGAAGAGUGAUGAACUCCUUUUGGUUCUCUCGGAUGGAAGUGUAGUCUCCUAUCACCUUGGUAACAAAACUAUAAAGCAUCUUCCGAUUCAUGGCGUGGAAGAUCCCCAAUACAUUCAUGCUGUUGUUUACGUAAAUAGUUUGAUUUCGAUGGGUGAAGGGAGAUCAUAA